UCUUGUUCUCAGAAACCCGGGGGUCGUCAGAGAGGGAGUACGCUGUGCUACAGCUCUCUGACAGGAACAACUAUGUGGCUUUAGUAUCUUAACAAGACCGGAUAAAAGUUUUAACUCCACACGGAACCGCUGAGUCAUUUCCCGCCGAUGUUUCGGGUCGUUUGUGUUUGGAAAAUGUUUUCUUAAAUCGAUGCUAGCUGACUGGGUAGCUUCCGGGUUAGCUCGAAGUUUUUUUUGCUAAUUCUCACGUUCCGACCCCAAAUUCUUAAAAAAAAUAAAAAUAAAAUAAAUCUACAGCUCACAGCGAUAACGUCCUGUAGGAUUUGUACUAAUUGGAGCGCUAAAGAUGGAGACUGUGGAUGUUUUUGGCAGCACCAGUCCUGUAAACACCGUUUUGAAAAGCAGGCCCGACGGGAUCCCCGGGCUUUCCUCGCUCUCUCUGCCCGAGCUGAGCACAAUGAGCGGGCACUGCAGGAACCUGUUCUCCCCUGGACCCGCGACGGUGCUGUCUCCUGUCACCAAUCUGGCUCUGGACAUGAACAAUUUAGUUGUACUCGGAAGCCACUAUGAUACCCCGAAAAGGAGAAAGCAUGCACCACUUGAGAAGGUUCCCUCUUUUGCUUCUGACGUCUCAUCUGAUGCUGGCCUCGGCAUGGAUCCCCCGAGUCCCAUGGAUCCUGUUGAAAUUGAGGACACAUUUGAAAGGGCCAUUCAACAGUCGAGCAGAGUUAUUAACGAAAAGAUGCCAAUUCGAAGAAUCAACUCAUUGCCACUCCAGCUGCAGAGUGUCAGUCCUUCUCUAAAGGGACAGGAAGCGGAUUCUCACCGCUAUGGAAUAUUCGGCCAACAACCUUCCCUAUCCUCUAAACGGGGCAACAAGGAAAACAUGCCGGAGGAGGGCUUUGAAUUCAAGAAACCAACCAAGCCGGCAUCACGUUGUCGCAUGCGCUCCUUCAACAGCGGCCAGUCAAAGGACGCGUUUGCCCGCCGUCCCAGCUCAGCACCAGCCCUCAUGCUUUCUUCACCUCCUCCAAUCCAGCAGCUUGACUUUUGUGACAGCCCCAUGUUCCUGAGACGUUCCUCCCUCACUUCCUCUCUGGACGACGAAGACGACGGCUUCCUGGAAGUUCUGGAUGACAACAUGGAGGAUGACUCUGGGAUGCCAAUGGGAAUGGCCAGCUUGCUCACUGCCCCACUGGUGGCCGACAGCAUCGGAGAAGAUUCUCCUGUGAUUCGCUGUCGACCGCGGAGCCUGUUCCGCUCCCCUUCCAUGCCCAGCCCGGUGUCCCGUCCCUCUGUCAAACGUCCCGACUGCCCCAGAGACGAAAACACGCCAGUGAGGGUGAAGAGGCGACGCAGUCUCGCAGGAACACAAGUCACCACCCUGGAGCAAAACCCUGAAUCCCCGAGAAUGGGCUUCUCUCUGCUCCAGAGGUCCAAGUCCUUCUGCCAGACGGACAUUGAGAAGCUGCUGGACGGAGAGGACGGUUCUAACGAGCUAAUAGGAGAUUUCACCAAGCCUUUUGUACUCCCCACAGUGGAUGGCAAACAUCAAGACCUCAAGUACAUUACCUCAGAGACGAUGGUGGCAGCUGUCUCCAACCAGUUUAAUCAUCUAGUCGAGCAAGUCAUUGUCAUCGACUGCCGCUACCCCUACGAAUUUGAGGGAGGACACAUCAAGGGAGCCCUGAACUUGCACCAGGAGGACCAGGUGGAGGACUUCCUCCUCAAAACACCCAUCAUCCCAUCAUGCCAGGACAAACGCGUCGUCAUAAUCUUCCACUGCGAGUUCUCGUCGGAGCGCGGCCCCCGUAUGUGCCGCUUCGUCAGGGAGCGAGACCGCGCCAUGAACGAGUAUCCCAAACUCCACUACCCCGAGCUCUACAUCCUCAAGGGCGGAUACAAAGACUUCUUCCCCCAUUUCCAGUCACAAUGUGAACCUGAGUCCUACCGGCCCAUGCACCACGAGGACUACAAGGAGGACCUGAGGAAGUUCCGCCUCAAGAGUCGCACCUGGGCCGGGGAGCGCAGCAAGAGAGACAUGUACAGCCGACUCAAGAAGCUGUGAGCGCCUCCUCGUCCUCCUAAACUGCCUCCAAAACACACUGCCUCCCCCCCUGAACAGACGGAGCACAAACUCCUCUCAGCCUGAGGCCUCACCCCACCAAACGAGGAAAUGCCUUUUUAGGAUUGCGCCAACAGAAGGGGAUUUUACAAAGUCUCAAAUGUUCAUUUAACUAUAGCAAAGUUAGUUAUUUAUGCAAAUUUAAAGAGGGGAAAGACGUGACACGAUGAACGCUUGAUCUAAAGAAGUCGCUGAGGUGCAGUGGACAGAUUUCUUUUAAGGUGAUCUGAAGCAAUGUGAUCGUUUUUAAAAACCACUUGGACCUACUGCCUCUUUUACCUUGUUUUUGUUUUUUUACUAUCCUGGCGUUUGCAGCACAAAUCACUGCCAGAUUGCAAUAACACAACCAAACCACACUGCCAAGUCUGAAGUCUCAGUCUCCUCCCUGGAUAUUAUUGCUUUUUAUUUUGCAUUUGUCAUGUCCCACCUUAUUUAAGCACUUAAUUUAAAUACCUUGAAAUGGUCAGGUGCUUUUUUUGUUUUGUUUUUGAUACUAGUUUUAUUUUUAAAUUUUUAAUGAAUUGUGUCUACCCCCCCAUUUACAUAUUUAACACAUUUUGUUGUAUGCCUUUCUCUAGGCGUCCCAAAAUACUAAUUGGACAUUUUAAUGACAACUUGUAUAAGAUUAUUGCAGAGCUUUUCUUUUCUUCUUCCUUUCUGAUCAGUUGCAAUACUUGGUAACUUUUUUUUUUUUCUCGGCCAGAAGAUGCCAAAGCAAACCAACUACCUGUUAACUUUGCAGUGAGAUUUUUUUCUAAUGCUGCAGGUCAGCGAGUGUGAGAGCAUUUUUGAUCUAAGAAAAACAUUCUGUGUUUUGCUUUGAUUCUUUUUUUAAUUUUGAGAGAAACUGUCUUCCCCUCUGCAGAUCUAAUGUUGUUUAAUGAAUUGGGGUGAUUUGAAUAUUUUGGUACAGGCUCGUGGGGGAGCCGCUGAAAUAAACAGCCAAUGUGUGUUCAA